GGUUCCUUUUUCUUCACAGAUUUUGCACAGAUAAUGACAUUCUCUUCCUCUCGACAGAAUUUCGUUCCCCUGUUUUUCCCUUUCCUUCAUCUGCUUCCCCAAAACUCUUAACAAAUUCCAGAAUCUGUAAGACCCUGUUCGGCUGUUCGGGUGUUCUUCUGUGCAACUUUCCUGCUUACCAAACACCAUCCCAUCUCCAGUUUUUCAAGGCGGUAGAUGAGGAAAUUAACCAAUUCGGUACGCAAUUCUUGACACUGUAGAGAAUCUAGUCCCACUUUCCCCUGCUUUCCACUCCCUCGUUAUCUCUCGAAAAUUCAAUGGAAAUGACAGGAAAUCCAAAGCUGAAUUUAGCCUCUUGUUUAGAGUCCAGUGGCUCAGAAGAGAAGAUGACUCCUCAAAAAAUUUCUGUUUCGGAUCAAGAUAAAUCAGAUAGCGUUGUUAUUGACAUGGAAAGCUUCUCCCAUGGUCCCAACAAGGAUACCAAUCAAAAUUCAAGAAUUACAUUACAGAGAAGCCUUUCUCGAAAAGGGUUUCAGAGGAUCGAGAAGAAGAUUAAUUCUAAUGCCACUGCUAAUGACAGAGAUUCUUUGGUUGCUUGUUCUCCGACCAAGGGGUCUAGCAUGCCGGAAACGCCGGUAGGGGUGGCGGUAGGGACCACCGUAGAUCAUGGAGGGAGCAACAGUUGCAGCCCACAAGUUCAUCAUCAGAUCACCAUGAUGGCCGGCGGCAUCACCACCACCACCGCCUUUGAAAGCAGAUUCCCUUUCAGGAGAAACAGUUUCAAGCGCUCUGCUUCACCUUGGCUCGACCCCAAGAGGGUCCUCCUCAUCUUUGCCACAUUAUCGAGCGUGGGAACAAUUUUGCUAAUAUACUUCACCCUGUCAAUAAGCAAGAUGAACGGGGACGAGAAUGCGCUUGAUUAGGAACAAAAAAGGAUCAUCUUUGCAGAAAAAGUACAUAGGAAGUUAGAAACUGAUGUAAUUAGUUGGUGGAUCUCAUUUUUUACUUCAGUUGUCUUCUUUUGAUGGGAAUUAUACGACCAAUGGAGGAUAAAAAAGAAAGAGAAGAUACGUUUGGAGACGGCCAAAGCAAGCCAUUCUCUCGGCUUUGAGAAACUUCCGAGAUGAAGACAAAGACCUAAUGCACUGCGACAGAUAUGGAAUCGUCUUUUGUCUAAUAUUCUUGAAAGAGAUCAAUGUAGAUGGUGAUGUCUUACCUUUUCCGUUUUGUUGUGAAGGUGCAUCCAACUCAAUGGAGGGUCUGAAAGUUACUUCUCUUCCUCUGCUUCCUUUUCCCUACUCCAUGCCCUUUUUUCUUUUUGUUCUUUGUGGGUUUCAUGUGAGAGAGCAAGAACCACAACCAUGAGGUUUGCAGGCAUUAAAAUAUUCUCUGAGGGAAUGAGCGGGCGCACUUUGAAGCUUUUCACUUUCUGUAGAAAAAGUUUCAGAGAAGGAAUGAGUGGGAUGCCAUGUUCUAUUAAAAAAGUUAAACUAAU